AUGGCGACCUGGAACCGCGGCCGCACGGGGUCUCGCCUCGUCCGGGCGAUGUGGCUGCUGCUGCUGAUGCUGCUGCUGCUCCCGGCGGUGCGGGGCCUGGGGAAUCCAGCGUGCACGCGCGCCGCUCUCGACCUGAACCUGGUGCUGGAGGCGAACCGCGAGACGGGCACCGUGACCCUGGAGGCCAUGAAGACGUUCGCGGGAGCCGCGCUCGAGUCGCUCGCCCCCGCGGGGAACUCGUCCCGCGUGGGGCUGUGGCGCUUCGACCGCGACGCGCAGCCGCUGCUGCGCCUGGGAGACGCCGCCUCCGCCGCCAGCGCGGGCUACGUGCUGGGCCUGCUGGAGGUGGCGCGGGGCGGCCGCAACACGGGCGGCGCCCUCGACUUCAUCCUGCACGCCGGGUUUCCUCCCGGGCCGGACGACGGGGUCCAUCGCACCAAGGUGCUGAUGCUGAUGACGACCGGACUCGCGGACGACAGCGUGAGAGGAAUCUCCGAGCUGGCGAGCCAAGCCCAGGUGCUCAUCGUCACCGUGGGCAUCGGGCCCCUUGUGGACGAGGAGGAGCUGCAGGCCCUUGCCUCGCUCCCCACGUUCGCGCACCUCUACCCGCUCCAGAUCAGCGCGCAAGACGCCCACGUGGUCAUGGGCGGCAUCUGCAGCGGCACGGGCGUGAUGGGCAACUUCCUCUUGAGCCACCAGACGAGCGACAUCAACUUCGGUGGCGCAGACAACGGCACAGAGAAGACCCAGACACCGGCGCCGCCGCCGCCCGUGCACCUUGACGGCACGUGCAGCGCGUGGGGCCUGGGCCACGUGCGCACCUUCGACGGCUUCGCGCUGCGCGCGGCGGGCGCGUGCCCCUACGUGGCGGCGCGCGAGUGCGGGGACGGCGCCUCCAGCUUCAGCGUGGAGGUGCGGCGCAGCGCGGGGCGGAUCAGCUCCGUGAGCGCGCAGCUCGACGGCCUCGCGCUCUCCGUCUCCCGCGACGGGAACGUGACCGCGCGCGGGGAGAGGGUCCGCCUGCCGUUCAGCGACACCGGCGUGCAGGUGACGCGCGUGGGCGCCUACACGACCGUGCGCAUGCGCAACGUGGUGGAGCUUCGUCUCAGCGUGGACCAGUCCCUCACGAUUUCCGUGGACAAGAAGUUCAAGGGGCGCAUGUGUGGCCUGUGCGGGGACUACAACCAGGACCCCGUGAACUCCGAGUUCAAGGACGACAUGCGCACGGUCGCCGACUUCGUGAAGGCGCAGAAGCUCGCGGACGGCAGUGCGGUUUGCACCGAGGAGACGGCGCCUCCGGGACCCCCCGCGCUCAACUGCUCCAGACACGUGAGGAGCCGCGCUCAGCUGGCGCACCUUGAGCACGUGGACACCUGCCGCGCGUUCACGCAGCUCCCCGCCUUCUCCGGGUGCGAGGACGUCGGGGUGGACGUGCACGCGCUCGUGGUCGCGUGCACGCGGGACGUGUGCGCGUGCGUGGAGACGUGGGGGCUGCCCCCCGCGGAGUGCGCCUGCGACUCCCUGGCGGAGCUCUCGCGGCAGUGCGCGCUUGCGGGGGGGCGCCCGGGGGCGUGGAGAAACUCCCAGCUGUGCCCCGCCUCGUGUCCCGACGCGAUGCAGCACUCGGAGUGCGGCACCAGCUGCCUGGACACGUGCUCCAACCCCACGGCCAGCGCCCUGUGCGAGGAUGCCUGCCUCGACGGCUGCUUCUGCCCCCCUGGCACGGUGAUGGAUGACGUGGACGAGGCGCAGGGCGGGCGCUGCGUGCCGGUGGAGCAGUGCUCCUGCGUGUUCGACGGCAGGCAGUUCCCCCCCGGCGGGGUGCUGAGGACCCCCUGCAGUAAAUGCGAGUGCGUAGGGGGCCAGUGGAACUGCUCGAGUCUGCCGUGCCCGGGGAUGUGCAAGCUGGAGGGCGGCUCCCACUUCACCACCUUCGACCACCGCACCUACACCUUCCACGGGAACUGCCUCUACACCCUCUCGCAGCCGCCCCCCCUCUGGGCGGCGAGGGGCUGCGGCGCGCAGCGCUCGCGGAUCUCCUCUCGUGCCGGGGUUUGCCGCGUGGCUGCCACCGUCGCGGCCUUCGUCAAGUUUCUCACGCUCGCGCCCCAAUGCGGCCGCGUCCCCGAUUGGCUGGCGCGUGGAGCCACUGACCCGGCGGCCCAGGUUCUGUUCCCUGCCAUGGCCAACGACUGCGCAGGAAGCGAGUUCACGAUCCUCGCCGAGCUGCGGCCGUGCACCUCCACAAGCCGCGCCACGUGCCUCACCUCCGUGUCGCUGCUGCUGGCGCACGGCGGCGAGGUCAUGAAGUUUGAGUCGAAUGGCCGUGUGUUCAUGAACUCCAUGAUCCUCAACCUGCCCUUCAGCAACAAUGCCGGCCUGCAGGUGUUCCGCCAGUCGUCCAUGUUCGUGCAGGUGGCCACCCGCUCCGGCCUGCACCUCCAAGUGCAGCUGCAGCCCCAGAUGCAGCUCUACGUGAGCGUGUCCGUCGCCUACAAGAACCGCACCUGUGGACUCUGCGGGAACUACAACGACGUGCUGGCGGACGAGCUGAAGACGUCGUGCGGCCUCGUGGAGGCCACCUCCACCCCCUUCGCCAACUCGUGGAAGGCGCAGACGGGCUGCCCCGACACGGCCGAGGAGCUGCAGGACCCGUGCUCCAUCAACGCGCACACCGGUGGGUCCCGCGGGGCACGCGGGGCUCGGGUGAGCCCCUGCACGCAGUCGCCUGAGGGGCGCGAUGCUGACCGGCGCCAGAUGAGCGUGGCCCACGGUGGCGGCGCGAGAUCGAUGAAUGCCGACUCCCAGUACGCCGAGGAGACCUGCUCCAAGCUCUUGGACCCUCGGGGCCCCUUUGCCAAGUGCCACGGGGUGGUCAACCCCAACCAUUUCUAUAAGACAUGCCGGCACGACACGUGCGAGUGCGAGAGCCCGGAGCGCUGUGUGUGCGCCGCGCUGGGCGCGUACGCACACGAGUGCGCGGCGCGCGGACACGUGCUCAUCGGGUGGAGGGAGAAGGCGGGCGUGUGCACCGAGGCGACGCAGCAGUGCGGCGAGGGAGAGGAGUUCCAGUACGGCGCCUACGCCUGCAACGGCACGUGCACGUCGCUGUCGCAGUUCGACGCCUCGUGCCUGGUGACGGACACGCCCGUGGAGGGUUGCGCGUGCGACGGCUACCGCACGCAGGAGGGCACCUGCGUGGACGGGCCCUCGCUCUGCCCCUGCUACAUCAACGGCCAGGCCAUCGCUCCGGGCAUGACCAUCACGCGCAACGGCGCGCAGUGUGUGUGCAGACAUGGCGUGAUCCAGUGCAAGUCCGAGACAGUGGCUGGUAAACCUCAGUACACGCCCGGCUGCGUGUCGGGCUGCAUGUGCCCCGAGGGCACUGUGCUGGACAGCGCCGAUGAGUGCGUGAGCCCUGACCAGUGCCCGUGCCAGCACAACGGCCAGAGCUACAGCCCGGGCGACAGAGUGGCCGUCGACUGCAACACGUGCACGUGCGAGGGCGCUCGCUGGAGCUGCACGGACGACGACUGCAUGGGGCUGUGCUCCUUCUACGGGGACGGACACUACACCACCUACGACGGGCGGCGCUUCCUGUUCGACGGGAAGUGCGAGUACAUCCUCUCGCAGGACUUCUGUCCGUCCAACCCUGCGGGCGGAAGCUUCCGCGUCAUCACAGAGAACAUGGCGUGCGGAACCUCGGGCGUCGCCUGCUCCAAGAGCAUCAAACUCCUGCUCGGGGACGUGGAGAUCCGCUUUGCCGAUGGCGAUCACAGCAUCAGCUCCGUGACGAGUGGGGCGGGCCCCCACAUCCCGUACAGGAUGCGAAAGCUGGGGGGCACCCACAUCGUGGAGGCCGCCAACGGGCUGCUGCUGCAGUGGGACGGGGGCAACAGCGUGCGCCUCAUGGUCUCCUCCGACAGCCGGGGCCGGCUGUGCGGGCUGUGCGGAGACAUGGACGGAGACUCCGCCAACGACUUCACGGUGCGAGGCCAGGUGGUGGUGGCGAGCCCCGUGGAGUUUGGGAACUCCUGGCAGGUCUCGUCCCUCGCGUGCGCGAAGACCACCGCCAACGCCGACCCGUGCUACAUGAACCCGUACCGCAAGGCGUGGGCCGAGCGGGAGUGUUCGCGCGUGAAGGGAGACGCGUUCAAGGGCUGCCACGCCAAGGUCGACCCCCUGCCGUACUACGAGGCGUGCGUGCGUGACUCGUGCGGCUGCGACAUGGGCGGCGACUGCGCCUGCUUCUGCACGGCCAUGUCGGCCUACGCGCAGGCCUGCCGCGACGCCGGGGAGUGCAUCGCCUGGAGGUCCCCGGUCAUCUGCCCGGCAUUCUGCGACUACUACAACGAGCCGGGCCACGAGUGCGAGUGGCACUUCGAGCCGUGCAAGAAGCCGUGCAUCCAGAGCUGCCGCUACCCAGAGCAGAACUGCUCCACCCACCUCCCCUCCAUUGAGGGCUGCUUUCCCACGUGCCCCCCUGAGUUCCCUUUCCUAGAGGAGAACAGCAUGAAGUGCGUGGCGCUAGAAGACUGUGGCUGCUAUGACUCUGACGACCCGAGCAUCCACUACAACACGAGCGAGACCGUGCCGUCGUCCAAUCGCUGCGAACACUGCCUGUGCACGGCGGAGUCGCGCAUCGAGUGCACGCCCGUUCCGGAGUGCGCGUGCAUUUGGAACGGGACCGAGUACCAGUACAACGAGACCAUCUACGUGGUGGACGACGGCAUGGGCGUGUGCUACGAGGCUUACUGCGGCGAAAAUGGCAACGUCUCCUACCGCGUGGUGACACCCAACCGUGGUUACAGUGACAUCCGGACAAACUGGUCAAACCACCGCAACAACUACAGCCUCAACGAGCCCCACCACAGCAACCUCAACGAGCCCCACCACAGCUACCUCCGCAACAACAACCACAGCGACAGGCACUACAACCCCAACAGGAUCGUCCCAGCUGUCCUCAACUCAGACUCCUGUAGCAACCACCAGCUCCGGCCCUGUGUGGGAAUGGACACCACCAACCACCAUACCCAGCACAACUCCAUCAACAACUUCCAGCACAACCCCAUCAACCCAUCCACCCUCAACCACUGCACCAUCAACACCACCAACAACUUCAAUCACUUCAUCAACACCACCAACCACCACACCCAACAAAACUCCACCAACUUCAAGCACAACCCCAUCAAACACUCCACCUUCAACAACACCAACCACCAUACCCAGCACAACUUCAUCAACAACUUCCAGCACAAUACCACCAACAACUUCAAUCACUCCAUCAACACCACCAACAUCCCCAAUCAUCACACCCAGCAACACUCCAUCAAAAACUUUCAGCACAACGCCAUCAACCAUUCCAACGUCAACCACUCCACCAUCAACACCUCCAGCAACUUCAAUCACUCCACCAUCAACCACUGCACGAUCAACACCACCAACAACUUCAAGCACUUCAUCAACACCACCAACCACCACACCCAGCAAAACUCCACCAACUUCAAGCACAACCCCAUUAAACACUCCACCUUCAACACCACCAACAACCUCACUCACUCCACCAACAUCACCAACCACCAAACCCAGCACAACUUCAUCAACAACUUCCAGCACUACCCCACCAACAACUUCAAGCACUCUACCAACACCACCAAUAACCUCAAUCACUCCACCGACAACUUCAAUCACUCCACCAUCAACCACUGCACCAUCAACACCACCAACAACUUCAAGCACUUCAUCAACACCAGCAACCACCACACCCAGCAAAACUCCACCAACUUCAAGCACAAGCCCAUCAAACACUCCACUAUCAACACCACCAACAACUUCAAUCACUCCACCAUCAACCACUGCACCAUCAACACCACCAACAACUUCAAUCACUUCACCAACACCACCAACAUCCCCAAUUACCACAACUCCAUCAACCACUUCACCAUCAACCACUGCACCAUCAACACCACCAACAACUUCAAUCACUCCACCAUCAACCACUGCACCAUCAACACCACCAACAACUUCAAGCACUUCAUCAACACCACCAACCACCACACCCAGCAAAACACCACCAACUUCAAGCACAACCCCAUCAAACACUCCACUAUCAACACCACCAACAACUUCAAUCACUCCACCAUCAACCACUGCACCAUCAACACCACCAACAACUUCAAGCACUUCAUCAACACCACCAACCACCACACCAAGCAAAACUCCAUCAACUUCAAGCACAACCCCAUCAAACACUCCACCUUCAACAACACCAACCACCAUACCCAGCACAACUUCAUCAAUAACUUCCAGCACAACACCACCAACAACUUCAAUCACUCCAUCAACACCACCAACAUCCCCAAUCACCACACCCAGCAACACUCCAUCAAAAACUUUCAGCACAACGCCAUCAACCAUUCCAACGUCAACCACUCCACCAUCAACACCUCCAGCAACUUCAAUCACUCCACCAUCAACCACUGCACCAUCAACACCACCAACAACUUCAAGCACUUCAUCAACACCACCAACCACCACACCCAGCAAAACUCCACCAACUUCAAGCACAACCCCAUUAAACACUCCACCUUCAACACCACCAACAACCUCACUCACUCCACCAACAUCACCAACCACCAAACCCAGCACAACUUCAUCAACAACUUCCAGCACUACCCCACCAACAACUUCAAGCACUCUACCAACACCACCAAUAACCUCAAUCACUCCACCGACAACUUCAAUCACUCCACCAUCAACCACUGCACCAUCAACACCACCAACAACUUCAAGCACUUCAUCAACACCAGCAACCACCACACCCAGCAAAACUCCACCAACUUCAAGCACAAGCCCAUCAAACACUCCACUAUCAACACCACCAACAACUUCAAUCACUCCACCAUCAACCACUGCACCAUCAACACCACCAACAACUUCAAGCACUUCAUCAACACCACCAACCACCACACCCAGCAAAACACCACCAACUUCAAGCACAACCCCAUCAAACACUCCACUAUCAACACCACCAACAACUUCAAUCACUCCACCAUCAACCACUGCACCAUCAACACCACCAACAACUUCAAGCACUUCAUCAACACCACCAACCACCACACCAAGCAAAACUCCAUCAACUUCAAGCACAACCCCAUCAAACACUCCACCUUCAACAACACCAACCACCAUACCCAGCACAACUUCAUCAAUAACUUCCAGCACAACACCACCAACAACUUCAAUCACUCCAUCAACACCACCAACAUCCCCAAUCACCACACCCAGCAAAACUCCAUCAACAACUUUCAGCACAACGCCAUCAACCAUUCCAACGUCAACCACUCCACCAUCAACACCUCCAACAACUUCAAGCACUUCACUAUCAACCACUGCACCAUCAACACCACCAACAACUUCAAGCACUUCAUCAACACCACCAACCACCACACCCAGCAAAACACCACCAACUUCAAGCACAACCCCAUCAAACACUCCACUAUCAACACCACCAACAACUUCAAUCACUCCACCAUCAACCACUGCACCAUCAACACCACCAACAACUUCAAGCACUUCAUCAACACCACCAACCACCACACCAAGCAAAACUCCAUCAACUUCAAGCACAACCCCAUCAAACACUCCACCUUCAACAACACCAACCACCAUACCCAGCACAACUUCAUCAAUAACUUCCAGCACAACACCACCAACAACUUCAAUCACUCCAUCAACACCACCAACAUCCCCAAUCACCACACCCAGCAACACUCCAUCAAAAACUUUCAGCACAACGCCAUCAACCAUUCCAACGUCAACCACUCCACCAUCAACACCUCCAGCAACUUCAAUCACUCCACCAUCAACCACUGCACCAUCAACACCACCAACAACUUCAAGCACUUCAUCAACACCACCAACCACCACACCCAGCAAAACUCCACCAACUUCAAGCACAACCCCAUUAAACACUCCACCUUCAACACCACCAACAACCUCACUCACUCCACCAACAUCACCAACCACCAAACCCAGCACAACUUCAUCAACAACUUCCAGCACUACCCCACCAACAACUUCAAGCACUCUACCAACACCACCAAUAACCUCAAUCACUCCACCGACAACUUCAAUCACUCCACCAUCAACCACUGCACCAUCAACACCACCAACAACUUCAAGCACUUCAUCAACACCAGCAACCACCACACCCAGCAAAACUCCACCAACUUCAAGCACAAGCCCAUCAAACACUCCACUAUCAACACCACCAACAACUUCAAUCACUCCACCAUCAACCACUGCACCAUCAACACCACCAACAACUUCAAGCACUUCAUCAACACCACCAACCACCACACCCAGCAAAACACCACCAACUUCAAGCACAACCCCAUCAAACACUCCACUAUCAACACCACCAACAACUUCAAUCACUCCACCAUCAACCACUGCACCAUCAACACCACCAACAACUUCAAGCACUUCAUCAACACCACCAACCACCACACCCAGCAAAACACCACCAACUUCAAGCACAACCCCAUCAAACACUCCACUAUCAACACCACCAACAACUUCAAUCACUCCGCCAUCAACCACUGCACCAUCAACACCACCAACAACUUCAAGCACUUCAUCAACACCACCAACCACCACACCAAGCAAAACUCCAUCAACUUCAAGCACAACCCCAUCAAACACUCCACCUUCAACAACACCAACCACUAUACCCAGCACAACUUCAUCAAUAACUUCCAGCACAACACCACCAACAACUUCAAUCACUCCAUCAACACCACCAACAUCCCCAAUCACCACACCCAGCAAAACUCCAUCAACAACUUUCAGCACAACGCCAUCAACCAUUCCAACGUCAACCACUCCACCAUCAACACCUCCAACAACUUCAAGCACUUCACUAUCAACCACUGCACCAUCAACACCUCCAACAACUUCAAGCACUUCAUCAACACCACCAACCACCACACCCAGCAAAACUCCACCAACUUCAAGCACAACCCCAUCAAACACGCCACUAUCAACACCACCAACAACCUCACUCACUCCACAUACACCAUCAACCACGUCGAUCACUCCAUCAACAACUGCAACCACCACACCAAGCACAACCCCAUCAAACACUCCACUAUCAACAACACCAACAACCUCAAUCACUCCACAAACACCAUCAACAACUGCAACCACCACACCCAGCACAACUCCAUCAACAACUUCCAGCACAACCCCAUCAACCCAUCCACCCUCAACCACUCCACCAUCAACAACACCACCAACAACUUCAAUCACUUCACCAACAUCCCCAACCACCACAACUCCAUCAACCACUUCCAGCACAACCCCAUCAACCACUUCACCCUCAACCACUGCACCAUCAACACCACCAACAACUUCAAUCACUUCAUCAACACCACCAACCACCACACCCAACAAAACUCCACCAACUUCAAGCACAACCCCAUCAAACACUCCACCUUCAACACCACCAACAACCUCACUCACUCCACCAACAUCACCAACCACCAUACCCAGCACAACUUCAUCAACAACUUCCAGCACUACCCCACCAACAACUUCAAACACUCCACCUUCAACACCUCCAGCAACUUCAAGCACUUCAUCAACACCACCAACCACCACACCCAGCAAAACUCCACCAACUUCAAGCACAACCCCAUCAAACACGCCACUAUCAACACCACCAACAACCUCACUCACUCCACAUACACCAUCAACCACGUCGAUCACUCCAUCAACAACUGCAACCACCACACCAAACACAACCCCAUCAAAUACUCCACUAUCAACAACACCAACAACCUCAAUCACUCCACAAACACCAUCAACAACUGCAACCACCCCACCCAGCACAACUCCAUCAACAACUUCCAGCACAACCCCAUCAACCCAUCCACCCUCAACCACUCCACCAUCAACAACACCACCAACAACUUCAAUCACUUCACCAACACCACCAACAUCCCCAACCACCACAACUCCAUCAACCACUUCACCAUCAACCACUGCACCAUCAACACCACCAACAACUUCAAUCACUCCACCAUCAACCACUGCACCAUCAACACCACCAACAACUUCAAUCACUCCACCAUCAACCACUGCACCAUCAACACCACCAACAACUUCAAUCACUCCACCAUCAACCACUGCACCAUCAACACCACCAACCACUUCACCAAGCAAAACUACACCAACUUCCAGCACAACCCCAUCAACCCAUCCACCCUCAACCACUCCACCAUCAACACCACCACAAACAACUUCAAUCACUUCACCAACACCACCAACCACUUCACCAAGCAAAACUCCACCAACUUCCAGCACAACCCCAUCAACCCAUCCACCCUCAACCACUCCACCAUCAACACCACCACAAACAACUUCAAUCACUUCACCAACACCACCAAUAUCCCCAACCACCACAACCCCAUCAACCACUUCACCAUCAACCACUGCACCAUCAACACCACCAACAACUUCAAGCACUUCAUCAACACCACCAACCACCACACCCAGCAAAACUCCACCAACUUCAAGCACAACCCCAUCAAACACUCCACCUUCAACAACACCAACCACCAUACCCAGCACAACUUCAUCAAUAACUUCCAGCACAACACCACCAACAACUUCAAUCACUCCAUCAACACCACCAACAUCCCCAAUCACCACACCCAGCAACACUCCAUCAAAAACUUUCAGCACAACGCCAUCAACCAUUCCAACGUCAACCACUCCACCAUCAACACCUCCAGCAACUUCAAUCACUCCACCAUCAACCACUGCACGAUCAACACCACCAACAACUUCAAGCACUUCAUCAACACCACCAACCACCACACCCAGCAAAACUCCACCAACUUCAAGCACAACUCCAUUAAACACUCCACCUUCAACACCACCAACAACCUCACUCACUCCACCAACAUCACCAACCACCAAACCCAGCACAACUUCAUCAACAACUUCCAGCACUACCCCACCAACAACUUCAAGCACUCUACCAACACCACCAAUAACCUCAAUCACUCCACCGACAACUUCAAUCACUCCACCAUCAACCACUGCACCAUCAACACCACCAACAACUUCAAGCACUUCAUCAACACCAGCAACCACCACACCCAGCAAAACUCCACCAACUUCAAGCACAAGCCCAUCAAACACUCCACUAUCAACACCACCAACAACUUCAAUCACUCCACCAUCAACCACUGCACCAUCAACACCACCAACAACUUCAAGCACUUCAUCAACACCACCAACCACCACACCCAGCAAAACACCACCAACUUCAAGCACAACCCCAUCAAACACUCCACUAUCAACACCACCAACAACUUCAAUCACUCCACCAUCAACCACUGCACCAUCAACACCACCAACAACUUCAAGCACUUCAUCAACACCACCAACCACCACACCAAGCAAAACUCCAUCAACUUCAAGCACAACCCCAUCAAACACUCCACCUUCAACAACACCAACCACCAUACCCAGCACAACUUCAUCAAUAACUUCCAGCACAACACCACCAACAACUUCAAUCACUCCAUCAACACCACCAACAUCCCCAAUCACCACACCCAGCAAAACUCCAUCAACAACUUUCAGCACAACGCCAUCAACCAUUCCAACGUCAACCACUCCACCAUCAACACCUCCAGCAACUUCAAUCACUCCACCAUCAACCACUGCACGAUCAACACCACCAACAACUUCAAGCACUUCAUCAACACCACCAACCACCACACCCAGCAAAACUCCACCAACUUCAAGCACAACCCCAUCAAACACGCCACUAUCAACACCACCAACAACCUCAAUCACUCCACAAACACCAUCAACCACGUCGAUCACUCCAUCAACAACUGCAACCACCACACCCAGCACAACCCCAUCAAACACGCCACUAUCAACACCACCAACAACCUCAAUCACUCCACAAACACCAUCAACCACGUCGAUCACUCCAUCAACAACUGCAACCACCACACCCAGCACAACCCCAUCAAACACUCCACUAUCAACAACACCAACAACCUCAAUCACUCCACAAACACCAUCAACAACUGCAACCACCACACCCAGCACAACUCCAUCAACAACUUCCAGCACAACCCCAUCAACCCAUCCACCCUCAACCACUCCACCAUCAACAACACCACCAACAACUUCAAUCACUUCACCAACACCACCAACAUCCCCAACCACCACAACUCCAUCAACCACUUCCAGCACAACCCCAUCAACCACUUCACCCUCAACCACUGCACCAUCAACACCACCAACAACUUCAAGCACUUCACCAUCAACCACUGCACCAUCAACACCACCAACAACUUCAAUCACUUCAUCAACACCACCAACCACCACACCCAACAAAACUCCACCAACUUCAAGCACAACCCCAUCAAACACUCCACCUUCAACACCACCAACAACCUCACUCACUCCACCAACAUCACCAACCACCAUACCCAGCACAACUUCAUCAACAACUUCCAGCACUACCCCACCAACAACUUCAAGCACUCUACCAACACCACCAAUAACCUCAAUCACUCCACCGACAACUUCAAUCACUCCACCAUCAACCACUGCACCAUCAACCCCACCAACAACUUCAAGCACUCCACCAACACCACCAACAUCCCCAACCACCACACCCAGCAAAACUCCAUCAACAACUUUCAGCACAACGCCAUCAACCAUUCCAACGUCAACCACUCCACCAUCAACACCUCCAACAACUUCAAGCACUUUAUCAACACCACCAACCACCACACCCAGCAAAACUCCACCAACUUCAAGCACAACCCCAUCAAACACGCCAUUAUCAACACCACCAACAACCUCACUCACUCCACAUACACCAUCAACCACGUCGAUCACUCCAUCAACAACUGCAACCACCACACCAAACACAACCCCAUCAAAUACUCCACUAUCAACAACACCAGCAACCUCAAUCACUCCACAAACACCAUCAACAACUGCAACCACCACACCCAGCAAAACUCCACCAACUUCAAGCACAACCCCAUCAAACACUCCACAUUCAACACCACUAACAACCUCAAUCACUUCACCAACAUCACCAACCACCAAACCCAGCACAACUUCAUCAACAACUUCCAGCACUACCCCACCAACAACUUCAAGCACUCUACCAACACCACCAAUAACCUCAAUCACUCCACCGACAACUUCAAUCACUCCACCAUCAACCACUGCACCAUCAACACCACCAACAACUUCAAGCACUUCAUCAACACCACCAACCACCACACCCAGCAAAACUCCACCAACUUCAAGCACAACCCCAUCAAACACUCCACCUUCAACACCACCAACAACCUCACUCACUCCACCAACACUACCAACCACCAUACCCAGCACAACUUCAUCAACAACUUCCAGCACAACUCCAUCAACCACUCCAGUAUCAACACCAGCGACAACAAAUUCAGCUACAACAACCAAAAUGAUAGAGACACCAAAUACAACACCACCUACCACACAUAGCACGCCUCUAUCUUCCACCUGCUCGCCCCAUUGCGAGUGGUCAAGAUGGAUCUCAUCUGAUAACCCAAGGGUUGAUGUUGUUGGAGACAAUGAGACGUUUGCUCAUAUCCGGGAAGUAGAAGGAGAAAAUAUCAUCUGCUUUGAGCCCAGUGACAUC